CAUCCAACAGUAAGCUAUGCAGCACUACAGCAUGUUGCAACCUGCCCUUUAAUCAAUCAUCCAUAUGAUCACAGUCAUUGUGGAGCCCACUGAUAAGAGUGAGUGUAUGGGGACUGUGAUGUUGAUUGAAACUGAAUGUGUCAGUAACCUAUCAGAAGAAGACAGAAGGGUUUAUAUGAGGUAUAUAUAAGCUUCCAUGGACCCUCUAGAUUUUGUUGCUGUGUCUGAGAGAAAGACUGCAGCUCCACUAUGAAGCAGUGUGUGGUAUUAAUGGUGGCCUUCCUGUGCAUCCAUGGGGCUCCUGUAGACGUUCUGACCCCUGGAUCCUGCCAAGAUGCAGUAGCUAAUGGUGCUGCUGCUGAAGCUAUGAACAAAAUCAAUCUGGAUCGCAUGGAGGGAUAUGUUUUCAGUCUUGAUCGUCUCUCCAAUGUCCAUUACACAAAGCAUGGAGAGACAGGGAUUGUCUUCUAUCUCACAUUUGAUGUUUUAGAGACCAAAUGUCAUGUAAUCAGCAAGAAAAACUGGAAAAAUUGUGAAAUCCGAAACCCUGAAGAGUACCCGGUCUAUGGGAAAUGCAAAGCAGUUAUGUACAUGAAUAGAGUUCACAGAGUGGCCCGCCUGUAUAAGUAUAGCUGUACCAUUAGACCAGUGCCUGCUUCCAAAAUUAGAGAACGGUGCCCAGAUUGCCCAGUACAGCUCCCUGUGGAUCAUGAAGAAGCCUUAAAGACAGUAAAGAUUGGCAUGGAGAAAUACAAUAAAGAGAGUGGCUUGGCAAACUACUUUGUUCCACUGAACAUUACAAGAGUUUUCUCUCAGCUUCACUUUGGAAGAUUCUACAGUGCAGAGUUCACCAUCCAAGAGACGGUCUGCUCUUCCAAAACAAAUAUAGCGGAUGUCUCUAAAUGUGAGGUCAUGGCGUGUGAGUUAGCGCACAAAGGAUUCUGCAAAGCCUCUCACACUGUCACAGUCACCGGUGAGGAGCACCUCAGUGUUCAGUGUGAAAUCUUCGAACCAGAGGUUGCUGAAGAGGAAAAGAAAAAACACUUGCUUGGAGGUGAAGUGGACCACAGCCAUAGCAGCACAACUGGCUCAUCUACUGGACAUGACCAUGACCAUGACCAUGACCACACCAAACCCCACCCACACAAACAUGACCAUGAACACACCUCAGGCGUCCACCACACACACGAACAUGGCAAAGGGCACGGACACACCCACACCCACUCGCACGAUCACGCCAUGGCCCAUGAGCAUGGUCAGGAUGAGUGGGAGCACCAUCACCACCAGUAUGGUCACAAAAAUGGUGAGACCCAUGAACACGACCAUGAGCUGGUCCUGGACCACGAGCACAAACACAGACACCUCCAUGAGCAUGAGCACCACCACCACCACCACAAUCAUGAAAAUCAAACCACAGUUAGGCGCCCUGAUGGCAUAGUCAAUGUCCUUCCUCCCAUGGAUAAGCCCAUGACCCUUCCAUCCUUCCCUGACAAGCCUGCUGCAGGACCAGAGCAGCCCUCCACCCUCCCGUUCCACCCUGACCCUCAGAUACCAGGACAAAGGGAACCCACUAUUCAUCCCUUCAGUAACACCAUGUCCCCUGAGUGUCCUGCACAGUCCAACAUCCAAAACGGACUCCUCCUGCAGGUCAUCAGUGAGGAUCCACUCUUUAAACCCACUGUGUAGAGACCUUUGAAUAUACAGUGUAAUAAAUAAUAAAACUGCAAUAAACCAUGUUUGGCUGUCA